GCAACAAUGACCUUCCUUCAAGAAUUCUUCUUGGUGGUUCCUUAUUGAGGAAGUUCUUCCUGUCCAUGGAAUGUUUGGAAAUUGCUUGGAGAGGAGAAUUUUCUAAUAGACCAGAAAGUGAAAAGGAAUGAAGUGAGAGAUGAGAUCGAGGGGCUUGGAGGGACAUGGGCACAGAAAACGAGUACCAGUCACCAAACAUGAAUGGAAUGUUUGGAAACUGUUUGAAGUCUUGGAGAGUUUUCAAGUAGACCCGAGAAUGGGAGGAGGAAGAAGCUUGGAGGGACAUGGUAAGAUAUGUGGGUACAGAAAGGGUACAGAAAACGAGUACCAGCCACUAAACAUGAAUGGAAUGUUUGGAAACUGCUUGAAAGUCUUGGAGAGUUUUCGAGUAGACCCGAGAGUGGGAGGAGGAAUGAGCUUGGAGGGACAUGGUAAUGUAUUUUUCUUGAUCUUUUUUCAAUAGUUUAAGUAUCUAUUUAGUCUUUUUAUCCUUGCUGGAAUUUAACCAAGUUAUAAGGCAAACAUUAAUUUGCACCUUACUGAAAAUCCAUACAUAGAGAUUUUCACAUAGCAAAAAGGUCAAUUUUUUCUUGAAGGGUGUCCAUAAUUGAAAACAAAUGCUAAGCAUA